AUGAAUAAUAGUAAUAAUAAUAAUAAUAAUAAUAAUAAUACUUUAAAAAGAACAUCAAUAUCAAAUAAACAGCAAUCGAAUCCAUUUCAAAGUGGAAGUGGAAGUGGAAGUGGCAGUGGAAUUGGUACCAAUUUAUUUCAGCAGCAACAACAACAACAACAACAAUCACAUGAUUUUUUAGAUCAAAAUAAAAAUCAAAAUCAACAACCACCACAACAAAGAAGAUCGUCUCUAUACAGAUAUGUAGAAACACCACCUACACCUAUAAAUAUUUUCACAAAAAGAGCAUCGGUCAUACCAAAUGUAAGUGGGAAUGGAAGUGGAAGUGGAAGUGGAAUUGGAGCAGUUCCAAUGACACCAGUAACACCUAUCGCACCAACAAAAAGUGGAAUUUAUCACAAUAACUUUAAUACACCUAUUUCAAACAGUGGUGGCACUGGUGGCAGUGGCAAUCCAAUACCAAUGACUGCAUCAAGAAAGAGUGUAACAGUAUCUGCAAUCAAACCGAAAGUACAUAUCUAUCCAUCGUCUCCAGCCGGCAGCAACUCUGAAAAUCAAUCGUCGUCAUCAUCGACAUUCCCAAUUUCACCGUACAGUAGCAACAGCAAUAAUAUAUCGACACAAUUCAUGGAUAACAGUUCAUUCUAUUGGUCACCCGACGAUGUAGAUGAUAUCGAUCAGUUGGAGGCACAGGAACUCUUUUAUAUUCCAGGCAAAUCAGAUAUAUCGGUUGACAGUGGCGGCAGCAGCAGCACGAUGGCAGACUCUAACAGGUCAACACCAGCUAAAAUCAAACCAAAGACAAUCAAACAACGUAUUCAAGAUAUAACUUCAUAUCCUAUCAACAAAUGGGAUGAAUACCACGAGGAAGCACUCAUUCUUUUCAAUCAUCCUUUCUACAAUUCAUGCAUAUAUGUUUUAUGUAUAAUUUUAAAUGCAUUACUUUUCGGUUACUCUAUUGAACUAUUUGGAAAUAAUGUUCAUUUAUAUAGAUAUACAAGUAAUCAUUUCCAAAGUCCAAAUAUGCAUAUUGAAGCAAUUGAAACACCAAUGGGAUCAGUUGACAAUGUCGUUGUUUUAAGUGUUUGGGAACCAAAAUUCACAUGUAAAACUAUCUUUACAUUCUUUUCGCCGCUUCACGUAGCAUUGAUGGUUUCGGCAGGAUCUGAUUUGAAUCGUUUCAUCAAUUCCACAAUUUUAUCGAUUUUAAUAUCUUUAGGUGUAUGUCAUCAAUCAAAUAACAAAAAAAACAAUAAUAUAUUCAAUAGAAAAUACGAUGGAAAGAUUAGAGAUGAAAAGAUAUUAUUCUCUCAACUAUGUGAGGAAUACAACCAUCAGUUUAAACCAAAACUAGGUACAAUGUGUAAAGAUGCAGCAUCACAAACCUCUAGAUAA